AUCUCAUAAAGUUUAUUAUAUUUCCCGACACUUGACGCGUGUAACGAAGAAAAUGGGAGGAGCAGUUUCUAAGUACUUAAAUACUUGUACGGCAUAAUUUUCGAAAGAAUUAAAUUGUAGAAGAGCAAAAAAGAAAAUCCGAAAAUUCAACAAAAAAUUAUAUCCUGCACCCGAAAUUUUUAAUUAGCGGUUGGGUUAGAAAACUCACAUUGUCCGGAUUUCUCCAGAUUCUGGAUUCUUGAUUCUUGAAAGAUUAAAGAGAAGGAAUUUUCAGUUUCUGAUGGUCUGAUCUUCCAAUGAGUACCCAUUCUGUUGAUUUUGCGUCCAAGAUCUUAGCUUCCAUGGCUGCUGACCGAGAACGAACGUACCCACAAAGACGAAGAGAUCUGUGAUCGCCAAAGCGAAGAAAUCGAAGUUCAAGUUUACCCCUUGACCCAAAUCUGAAAUUUUUUUUUUUCCUAUCCCAUAUGCUCCCACUAGAAAUUGGACCAGUAUGGGAGCUGAGAAGAAAUGGCUCUUCGCAAUCUUCUCCACCGCCUUCGUCUCUCUCCUCCUAUUCUUCUCAUCGAUCUCCGGCUUCAGCGCCUCCUACACCUUCACCUCCCACAAGCGCUUCCCGUCCACCGUUCGCCGCGGCCUGCAUUACCCACCGGCGUUUGCGUACUACAUUUCCGGCGGCAAAGGCGACAAGGACCGGAUCCUCCGAUUGCUUCUUGCGGUGUACCACCCGCGCAAUCGGUACCUUCUGCAUCUUGGGUCGGAGGCGUCGAAUGAGGAGAGGACUCAUUUAGCAGCUGCGGUUAGGUCUGUGCCUGUAAUUCGAGCUUUUGGGAAUGUGGAUGUGUUGGGGAAGCCGGAUCCGUUAACGUAUAUGGGGUCUUCCAAUAUUGCGGCGACGCUGCAUGCGGCGGCGGUUCUUUUGAAAGUUGAGCGUGAGUGGAAUUGGUUCAUCACCUUGAGUGCAUUGGACUAUCCGCUGAUUACCCAGGAUGAAUUGUUCCAUGUGUUUUCUGCGGUUAGGAGAGACCUCAAUUUCAUUGAUCACACCAGCGAACUUGAAUGGAAAGAAUAUCAAAGGGUUCAGCCUAUUGUGGUGGACCCUGGGAUUUACUUGGCGAGGAGGACUGAAAUUUUUCAAGCAACAGAAAGGCGGCCUAAACCUGAUGCUUUCAAAUUCUUCACAGGUUCUCCAUGGGUCAUUCUUAGCAGAUCCUUUUUAGAAUAUUGUGUUCUUGGCUGGGACAACCUCCCCCGAACGCUUCUAAUGUAUUUUACCAAUGUAAUUUUGUCCCAAGAAGGCUAUUUCCACACUGUCAUUUGCAAUUCACCUGAAUUUAGGAACACUACUGUGAACGGUGAUUUAAGAUUUAUGGUCUGGGACAAUCCUCCCAAGAUGGAACCCCUAUUCCUCAACAUUUCUAAUUACAAUCAAAUGGUCAACAGUGGAGCUGCUUUUGCAAGGGUGUUCCAAAAAGAUGAUCCAGUUCUGAAAAUGGUGGAUGAGAUGAUCCUGAAGCGAGAGUAUAACAGAGCCACCCCAGGGGCAUGGUGUGCUGGCCGCAGUUGGUUGAUGGAUCCUUGCUCCCAGUGGGACGAUGUCAAUGUAUUGAAACCUGGGCCACAAGCAUCCAAGGUUGAAGCCUCAAUAAUAAACCUUCUUGAUGACUGGAAUAGUCAAUCAGGUCAGUGCAAAUGAAGAUGCGGGCAUCAGAGAAUGCAGUGUGGUAUCUUCGCUCCUGAAUUGAAUGACUGGUGCAAAGGGUGACCGUCAUCUGAGGUGCAUUCUUUGAUCUUUUUGUUUAUUUUCUUGCCGAGAUCCUCUGAUUAUGGGCUAUUGUAGUGUUCGCAACAAGUUGUGGAGUUGGAGGGGAAGUGAGUGAAUUCAUUUAUGCUUUCUUGGGCUUGUAUAUUGUGGCCUAAGGGCUUGUAUUUACUGAAGUGCAGCAGCCAUUCAUUCCAUACAAAUGAGGAAUCUACUGCUUAGUGCUGCCAUGUACACGGACACUGCUGUAUGUCCUCCCCCCACCAAUUUUCCAAUUGCCACAGGUUUUAGUGAGGCAGGAUCAUUCUUUAAA